CACACCAAGGGCCCCUUCCUGGUCAGCGCUCCGCUGUCCACCAUCAUCAACUGGGAGCGGGAGUUCCAGAUGUGGGCCCCCAACUUCUACGUGGUGACCUACACGGGGGACAAGGACAGCCGCUCCAUCAUCCGGGAGAACGAGUUCUCCUUCGAGGACAACGCCAUAAAGGGCGGGAAGAAGGCCUUCAAGAUGAAAAGAGAAGCUCAGGUGAAGUUCCACGUCCUCCUCACCUCCUACGAGCUGGUCACCAUCGACCAGGCUGCUCUGGCGUCCAUCCGGUGGGCCUGCCUCGUCGUGGAUGAAGCUCACCGGCUGAAGAACAACCAGUCCAAAUUCUUCAGGGUGCUAAAUGGAUACAAGAUCGACCACAAGCUGCUCCUGACGGGGACUCCGUUGCAGAACAACCUGGAGGAACUGUUCCACCUGCUGAAUUUCCUUACACCUGAGAGAUUCAACAACCUGGAAGGCUUCCUGGAGGAAUUUGCCGACAUCUCCAAGGAGGACCAAAUCAAAAAGCUCCACGACUUACUGGGCCCCCACAUGCUGCGCCGACUGAAGGCCGACGUCUUCAAGAACAUGCCGGCCAAGACGGAGCUCAUUGUUCGGGUGGAGCUCAGCCCCAUGCAGAAGAAAUACUACAAGUACAUCUUGACUCGCAACUUUGAAGCCUUGAAUUCACGUGGAGGUGGGAACCAAGUGUCUUUGCUCAAUAUCAUGAUGGACCUGAAGAAAUGCUGUAACCACCCCUACCUCUUCCCUGUUGCUGCAAUGGAGUCCCCCAAACUGCCAAGUGGUGCCUACGAAGGGGGGGCGCUCAUCAAGUCCUCUGGGAAGCUGAUGUUGUUGCAGAAGAUGUUGAGGAAGCUGAAAGAGCAGGGCCACCGGGUGCUGAUCUUCUCCCAGAUGACCAAAAUGCUGGACCUCCUUGAGGAUUUCCUUGACUACGAAGGUUACAAGUACGAGCGCAUCGAUGGAGGCAUCACUGGCGCCCUGAGGCAAGAGGCUAUCGACAGGUUCAAUGCGCCAGGAGCCCAGCAGUUUUGCUUCCUGCUCUCUACCCGGGCCGGGGGUCUGGGCAUCAACUUGGCCACAGCAGACACCGUCAUCAUCUUCGACUCAGACUGGAAUCCCCACAACGAUAUUCAGGCUUUCAGCAGAGCUCAUCGCAUUGGCCAGGCCAACAAGGUGAUGAUCUACCGCUUUGUCACACGGGCCUCAGUCGAGGAGCGGAUCACGCAGGUGGCCAAGCGCAAGAUGAUGCUGACGCACCUGGUGGUGCGCCCAGGACUGGGCUCCAAGUCAGGCAGCAUGUCCAAGCAGGAGCUGGACGACAUCCUAAAGUUCGGCACCGAGGAGCUCUUCAAGGAUGAAAACGAAGGGGAGAACAAAGAAGAGGACAGCAGCGUCAUCCACUACGACAACGAAGCCAUCGCGCGCCUGCUGGACCGCAACCAGGAUGCCACCGACGAUGCAGACGUUCAGAACAUGAACGAGUACCUCAGCUCCUUCAAGGUGGCCCAGUACGUGGUUCGGGAGGAAGACAAGAUCGAGGAGAUCGAGCGGGAGAUCAUCAAGCAAGAAGAGAACGUGGACCCCGACUACUGGGAGAAGUUGCUGCGGCACCAUUACGAGCAGCAGCAGGAGGACUUGGCCCGCAACCUGGGCAAAGGGAAGCGGGUGCGCAAGCAGGUCAACUACAACGAUGCUGCCCAGGAGGACCAAGACAACCAGUCCGAGUACUCGGUGGGCUCUGAGGAGGAGGAUGAAGAUUUCGACGAGAGGCCGGAAGGUCGCCGACAGUCCAGACGGCAGCUCCGGAAUGAGAAGGACAAACCUCUCCCCCCGCUCCUGGCCCGGGUCGGUGGGAACAUUGAGGUCCUGGGUUUCAACACUCGCCAGCGCAAGGCCUUCCUGAAUGCUGUCAUGCGCUGGGGCAUGCCUCCCCAAGAUGCCUUCACCUCCCAGUGGCUGGUCCGGGACUUGCGGGGCAAGACGGAGAAAGAAUUUAAGGCCUACGUCUCUCUCUUCAUGAGACACCUCUGCGAGCCCGGGGCCGACGGCUCAGACACCUUCGCUGACGGGGUGCCCAGGGAAGGGCUGUCGAGGCAGCAGGUCCUGACCCGGAUAGGCGUCAUGUCUCUGGUGAAGAAAAAGGUGCAGGAGUUUGAGCAUAUCAACGGGCGUUGGAGCAUGCCGGAGUUGAUGCCUGACCCCAGUGCCGACUCCAAGAAGUCCUCCCGAGCCUCGUCCCCCACUAUCAAAACCUCCACCACCACCCCGGACCCCAGCUGCACUAACACGCCCUGCACCUCCAAGCCAGCUACGCCAGCUCCAAGCGACAAAGGGGACGGGGGGACCCUGGCCGAAAAGGAGGAGCCGGAGACCAAAGACGAGAAACCGGAGAAGGAGGCCAAGAGCAGUGAGAAAAUGGACACAGAGCCUUCAGCUCCUGAGCAACCCGUUUCUAAAACUUUCCCUGGGGAGAAAACAGAGCAGGAGCCGUCCAAGAAACCUGAGGAAGAGGGACCGACGGCCUCGGGAGAGAAGGAGCUGGAAGCUGAGCGUACAGUCAAGGAAGAGAGAGAGAAAUCAGUUCCAGAGGCUGAGCCAGAGAAAACUGCAGCAGACGAGAAGCCCGCUGAGAGCGAGGAGAGCAAGGAAAAGGCUGAAGGGGAGAUACAGGAGGUGAAGAAAGAGGCGAAGCCCGAGAGGGAGCUGGGAAAAGAGCCCAAAGCCGGCGGCCUCAAAGACGACGGCCGGAACAACGUCAAGAAAGAGGACAAGGCGGAGAAGCCCCGCUUCAUGUUCAACAUUGCUGACGGCGGCUUCACAGAACUCCACACCCUGUGGCAGAACGAGGAGAGAGCCGCCAUCUCCUCCAGUAAGCUUAAUGAGAUCUGGCACCGCCGGCAUGACUACUGGCUACUGGCUGGCAUCGUCCUCCACGGCUACGCUCGCUGGCAGGACAUCCAGAACGACAACCAGUUCGCCAUCAUCAACGAGCCUUUCAAGAUGGAAGCCAACAAGGGCAACUUCUUGGAAAUGAAGAACAAGUUCCUGGCCAGGAGGUUCAAGCUCUUAGAGCAGGCCCUGGUGAUUGAAGAGCAGCUGCGCCGAGCCGCCUACCUGAACAUGACUCAAGACCCCAGCCACCCGGCCAUGGCCCUCAACACCCGCUUUGCUGAGGUGGAGUGUCUGGCCGAGAGCCAUCAGCACUUGUCCAAGGAAUCCCUGGCUGGCAACAAGCCGGCCAACGCCGUCCUGCACAAGGUGCUGAACCAGUUAGAGGAACUUCUCAGUGACAUGAAAGCAGACGUGACUCGCCUGCCUGCCACGCUUUCCCGCAUCCCCCCGAUCGCUGCCCGGCUCCAGAUGUCUGAACGCAGCAUCCUCAGCCGCUUGGCCAGCAAAGGCAACGAGACUCAGCCAACCCCGGCUUUCCCCCCUGGGCCCUAUGCCACCCCUCCAACCUUUGGGAGCUCGUUUGGGGCCAGUUCUGGAGGGGUGCUGCCCACCUUGGGCGCCAACUACAGCCAAAUGCCAACUGGCUCCUUCAUCACAGCCAACGGUCCCCCCGUGAUUGUGAAGAAGGAGAAGGAAGGCGAGAGCCUAGAGAAGAAGGAGGCGAAAAGCGGGGAGGUGAUUUGCAUAGACGACUGAGGGGCACUUCCGUCUCACCCGCCCAGCCACGACUGGACUGGUUCUGCCUCCAGGCAGGGGGGAGACGCCUCCCCUUAAGCCUCUCCUCCUUUAUUUUCUGAUCACAUCGAUGGCUUUGCCUUGGCGGUUGGGAGGGGGGCGGGGGGGGUGAAUUACCCCUACUCCACCUCCUCCAUGUUUGAUUUUGUUGCUCUGUGCUUGUGCCCCUCUUUUUCCACUUUCUGGGGGUGGAGAGGUUGGGUUUCCAAGCCGAAUGGCACGGAGGAGCCACGAGGGGGGUUGGGAAGCCAGGGUUCCUGGGCUCUGUUCUUGGCUCGAGGGGUGUGGAGGAGCAGGAAUGGAACUAGAAUCCGUGACUCGUGUCUUUUUGGGUGUCCUGCCUGUGAGGGGGGAGGGAGCAGCCUGCCUCAGGGCACGUGCCCCCCCCCAGCAGCAGUUCCUCUCGGAGGAAUGCUGCAAAAAAGCGACUCUAUAAAUAUGAAUAUAUAUAUAAUGUAUACACUCUCAUCCUGUAUGUUUAACCCCCCCCCCUUCCCACUUGUGCUUGAACCCCCGAGGGGCAAUAACGGGGCAGACUGGGGAGGGGGCACACACACUCCCUGGUCAUGUUCUGUUCUGAGAACAAAUUGAGGGUGGGGGGGGGGAGUAGGAGCAGACGCCUUUCCUCCUGUAUGUAGGGCUGUGGUGGGGGGCAGGCGUCGGAUCUGUGCCUCUUCCAAGGGUGGCUUCUGCUUCGGGGAGGGGGCUUGUCUUUCUCCCCUCUUCCCCCCCCCUUCUUGUAUUUGGAAGCAUUUUGUUCUUGGGGGAGGGGGCAGGGAGGCAACAGGAGGGCCUGUGAUCUAAUUCCUAAAUCCUGCUGCCGAUUCUCAAGUCACUUCUUGCUUGUUCCUUGCAGAAUAAAAGGCACACAUGCUCUUCGGCUACAUA